GAAGCCGACAGGUCUCCCUGGGCUAAACACUGAAGCUAAAAUUACGCUCCAGUACCGUAUUAAUUUAUGUAUUCGUUUGGGUGUACGAAUCAACCUACGUGUUCAUUACCUUACCUUCAGAGAGGUUCUUGCUUGUUGCAAGACAGAAGUGGCUCAUGCAAUGAAAAUGAAAACAGAGGAAACAUAUGUCAUAAUUUCAGAAUGUAUGCAACUUCACAGACUGUUGAUCCUUUGGAGAUGAGAAAAUUCCAAGCUUGGGUGCAAAAAUGGUGGGAUGAAGAAGGGAUGUUUUCUGUCCUACAUGCCAUGAAUGAUAUACGUGUGCCCUUUAUCAGAGACAGCCUUAUGAGCAGGAACUAUGAACAUGAUGUUGGGUGUCCACUCUCUGGUGUAAAUAUUCUAGAUGUUGGAUGUGGAGGAGGAUUGUUGUCAGAGCCUCUAGGCCGGCUCGGAGCUUCAGUAACAGGAAUUGAUCCUUUGGAAGACAACAUUAAAAUUGCUGCGCAGCACAAAUCAUUUGAUCCUGUGCUAGACAAACAAGUUCAGUACAAAUCAUGCACAGUGGAAGAACUUGUGGAUGGGCAUUUGGGAUACUUUGAUGCAAUUGUGGCUUCAGAGGUUUUAGAGCAUGUUGCUGAUGUUGAGUCUUUUAUCCAGAGCUGCUUCCAAGUAUUAAAACCAGGCGGUUCUCUAUUUGUUACAACAAUCAACAAAACCCAGCUCUCAUACGCUUUAGCCAUAGUCGUAGCAGAGAAAAUAUUGGGCAUUGCCCCAGAAGGAACUCAUGACUGGGAGAAAUUUAUUCAUCCUGAAGAGUUAGAGCGACUACUUGAAUCAAAUGGCUUUGUUGUGGAAUCACUGAAAGGAAUGCUGUACAAUCCUCUGUCAGGUUCCUGGAGCUGGAUAAGUGACACCAGUGUUAACUAUGCAAUGCAUGCUUUGAAAACAGUGGCACAAGAACAGCCUACCGAUAUGGGAGGGGAAAGUGAGCAGGAACAGCAGAAAGUGGCAGAAGCCUCUGUAUGAGGAGACCAGCUGACUGUUUGACUGUUGCAUCCUGAAGAGUGACUUUUUCUGUCCUUAUGUGGAAUUUAGUAAAAACUAAAGUGGUAAUUGAAAACCUGCAGAAUACUUUGUGUAAAGAUGCUUGGUUCCUUACGAACAUAGACUCACUGCCACAAUUAUUAUAAGAGUGUUACUGUAACCUCAGAAGACCUCAGAGUAAUGUAAUUAUAAUAUUUAUUGCGUAAAACUACAAGGAUGAUAAACACAGUGUUUUGCAGAAGAUACAACACAAAAAUACAGCAACUGACUUAUAAUGAAACCAAUCAUCUGGUUGUAUGAGUAACAGUGCCAUGGGUAUUGUUAAGCAAUGUUAUUCUGUAAUCCCACAUAAAUGUACCAUGUUGUGAGACAGUUCAUUAGAGUCCUUUUUGUGGCAUGAGCUGAUGCACUUGUGGUUUCUACCACUAUUUUAUAUUCAAAGGAAUAAAUGUCAACCUUAAAGCGAUACUGACAAAUUUCAGAUUUUAACAUUAACUUGUUAAAAUUAAUGCCCUGCCCUGCACUUACCUAGCUGUAUUGAUCACAUAUUAGUUACCUUGGUUAUAUCCAACAGUACUAUGCCCAGCUCUGUCUUAAGAUAAAGUUGGACUUGGCGGACAGAUGUAAACUCUACCCUAAGCCAUUUGAAUCUUUCCAUAAACACCACCACUCCACUAAAGGCUGACAUCACUCUAGAGCUGAGGGGUUCAACAGAUGUGAAUAGUGGGGUGCAGACAUAUUAGAGCAGUUUGGAGGCAGAAGGCUAUUUUUAAAAAUGAAAGUGGCUCCCACUUAUUCCCUACAGCAGGGGUCCCCAACCUUUCUUACUCGUGAGCCACAGUCAAAUGUAAAAAAAUUUGGAGAGCAACAACAGUAUCAUAAAUGUUCAUGGAGGUGCCAAAUAAGGGCUAAGAUUGGCUAUUAGGUAGCCUCUAUGCACACUAUCAGCUUACAGAAGGCUUUAUUUGGUAGUUUUUUAUUCAACCAAAACUUGCCACCAUGUCAGGAAUUCAAAAAUAACUACCUGGUUUGGGGGCACUGAGAGCAACAUUCAAGGGGUUGGUGAGAAACAUGUUGCUCACGAACCACUGGUUGGGGAUCACUGCCCUACAGAGACACUCCUGCAAAAAUUUAAAGUUGUCAGUAUUGAGAAUUUUAGAUGUUUUGCUGACAUUUAUUCCACUAUUACAUAUAAAUUUAUAUAUGUUAUAAUAUAUGUGUGGUUAAGACCGUGAUAAACUGUCUGUGGCUUUUACUACAUACAUGGUACAUACAAGGCCAUUCAAAAUACAGAAUAAAGAUAUUUUAGAUGUCUGAUGCAUCAUGAUGACA